CAUACACCUGUGAGAAUGUAUGUAUCCCUCUGUUUCAUAGUAGCUGUCAGUGAAGAAUUAGAAACAAGUGAAACUGUGGAUGACCCAGUUUCAAAAUAUCGAGCUUUGUUGCGAGGACUUGAGGAGCAAGAGGAGAAGAAGAAGCUCCAUGAUGUGGAAAUGGAAGUUUCUUGGGGAGUUGGUCUGAAAGAUAAGACAGAGGAACUGGUUCAGAAGAAGUUGAAGGAAAAAAAAGAUGACUUAACACCAUUUGAACAAUAUCUGAAGAGAAGAAAGGAGAAGAAGAAGCAAAAGAAGGAUGAAAGGAAAAAGAGCAUCCAACAGACAAAUGGGGCUUCAGGAAAUGAAUAUAGUGAUGAUGAUAUUCCAUCUGACAUUGAUCUGAAUGAUCCGUAUUUCAAGGAAGAAUUCCAAGGAGACUUUAGAAAGAGAAACAACAGCAAGAAAAAGGUGGUUUCUUCUUCAGAAGAUGAACAAACUAAACAGAAAGCGGCUGAAUUGGAAUUGCUGCUGAUGAAUGAUGGUACCGAAAAGAAUCAUUUCAGUCUCAAGUCUAUUCAAGAACAAGAAGAAGAAGGCAAGAAGAAGCAUAAGAAAAAAUUGAAGAAAAUAAUUAAACAAGAGAGCAAGAAAGAUGAUUUUGAGGUAAUUUUACAAGAAACAGCUUUGAAAUUAUGUUAAUGUUCUCCAGUGCAUA